AUGAAGGAUCUGCAUUCAACACCUUUCUCUUCCCGUCACUCCAGUCCAUGCGACUCCUGCGUCUUCCAGCAGCACCCACUAUGCAAUCCAGAUUUUAGUCAAGCUGUGGUCGGAGGUCAAAAAGGCUAUCAGACCUACCGGGACCUGCCAUGGGAUCUUCAAAAAAUUCACCAGCCUGCCAUCAAAAUCAGACAUCUCGAGCCCUGGAAAAUUGCUCUAAUUGUUAUUGGAGCAGCAGUAGCAGCAGCCAUCACCAUUGGACUCCUGGUUUAUUUUCUGGCGUAUGAUCAGAAACUCUUCUACUACAGUGGCAACAUAAAAAUCACCAGCAUCCGGUACAGUAAUGAGUUGUCCCGACAGUCUUCGGGAGGAUUUAGAGACCUGAGUGAGAGGAUUGAGAGACUGAUGGACAAGACAUUUCACAAUUCCAUUUUAAGAAAAAAAUACAUCCGCUCACGCUUAAUCAGAGUGAGCCCCGAUACCGGUGGUGUGGUGGCAGAGGCUCUACUCACAUUCUGGUUCUCCUCUACGGACUGCAGAGAAGCACUGCGAGAAAGAGUUGAAUGGAUAUUACGGAGGGGCCUGAAAAAGUACAAUGGCCCCUUGCAAAUAGAUGUCAAAUAUUCUACUGUCUUGGAUAUGGAGAAGAAAAGAGCAGAAGCCCUCUUCAAUGACAUCUGUGGCUUACGGCAGAAUAGAUCAGUCAAGUCAAUAGCAAAAUUGUCAUCAUUGAGAAUAGUCGGUGGAUUGUCUUCGGCAGAGACGGGGGACUGGCCGUGGCAAGCUAGUUUACAGUACAAUAACAUCCAUCGCUGUGGCGCAACACUCAUCAGUAACACGUGGCUUGUAUCUGCAGCUCACUGCUUCAGAGACAUGAGUCACCCUCACAAGUGGACUGCUACUUUUGGAGCUCUUUUGAAGCCACCAAGUGUGAAGCGAUCAGUCAAGACUAUUAUUAUUCAUGAAAAGUAUCGCUACCCAGAACAUGAUUAUGACAUUGCGCUUGUGAAGCUCUCUAAACAAGUUGAGUUUACAAGCAACAUACACCGCGUUUGUCUGCCUGAGCCAUCUCAGACUUUUCCAUAUAAUAUUUAUGCUGUCAUCACAGGCUGGGGAGCACUUACCAAUGACGGUCCAACUCCUAAUGUUCUUCAGGAAGCUACAGUGAAACUUAUAGACUCAAACACUUGCAACCGAAAAGAAGUGUAUGAUGGUGACAUAACACCUAGGAUGCUGUGUGCUGGAUACUUGGAAGGAGGAGUAGAUGCUUGUCAGGGGGACUCUGGGGGACCGCUGGUUACUCCAGAUUCUAGACUGAUGUGGUACCUCGUGGGAAUAGUGAGCUGGGGAGAUGAAUGUGCCAAAGCAAAUAAACCUGGAGUUUACACACGAGUGACUUACUUCCGUGACUGGAUUACCUCAAAAACUGGCAUCUGA